UGCAGUUUACUGACACUGCUACAACGUGUUUUUAUCGCUGGCUGUCCAGACGGAAGGUGCUGAAACGCUUUGUCGCGUGUCUGGAAGAAGUGAAAACUUUCCUGGGCAGCAAAGGGCUCACCUUUCCUGAGCUGGAACAGCCAGAGUGGCUGGAAAAGCUACACUUCAUGGUAGACAUGACAGCGCACCUGAACACGCUGAACACAGCUCUUCAGGGGAAAGGACGUACAGCCCUGCACAUGUUGGAGGAUGUUUUGGCAUUCGAGCGCAAGUUGACAGUGCUUGCCAGAGAUUUACAGAAAGGCACUUUGUCUCACUUCCCCAAUUUGAGAGAGUUCAAACAAGGUCACGACAUGAUAAUUUCGGAGUAUUUACAUUCUGCAAUCAUCGCAAUGCAAACAUCGUUUGGGAAACGCUUCUGUGAGUUCAGAGAGGAAAAAAACACAUUAUCCUUCCCGGUCACUCCCUUAAGCAUCGAUCCUUCCCUACUGAAUACGACUGCAUUGGCAGGUGUGAGUCAACCUGAUCUUGAGAUGGAACUGGCCGACAUAGCCGACAAAGACAUAUGGGUGUCCAAGUUUAGACGCUUGACAGCAGACCUUGAAGAUGUUGCCCGUCAGAAGGCCGUUCUUGCUCAGAAACACAAAUGGAGUGAUAUUGAAAACCUCACAGAUGACAGCUUGCGAUCCUGUGUAAAGAUGAAGGUGACAUCAUACAGCCCUGAUGUGCAGACGCUGUGCGCUGAGGUCCAGGAGCAGAAAUCCCAUUAACCAAGCUGACAGCUGGCUGACGUUAUUUUUGGUUUGCUGCUGGCGGAAAAUUUAAGUUCGGCGUUUUUCAUAAAUACAAGAAGGACUCAAAUAGACAUUGAAUAUUUUACUUAAAAGUAACUUUCAAC